GAUAACCCUAGACUCUUCCACACGCAGUGCCUUACUCACUCGAGACCUUCUUGACUUUUCCUUCGAAGGAGCGCUGCCUUGUACUUUUUUUUUUCAUUUUAUUUCUCGUUUGAUUUCGCUCUCUUCGUGUGCUUCCUGUACAUCGCAUUUCCAGCCUUUGAGCCAUGACUAGUACCAGCGAUAUUGACAUGGGUGCUACGGUCUGGAUGAUUGCAUCGACUGCUCUAGUGUUCCUGAUGAUCCCUGGCCUUGGCUACUUUUACAGCGGGAUGGUCCGUAGCAAAAAUGCCCUCUCCCUGGUGUUCCUCUGUAUGAUGUCGCUGGCAGUAGUAACCAUCCAGUGGGUGAUGUUUGGCUACUCGCUGGCUCUCUCUGAGACCUCACCCAGCCGUUUCAUCGGCAAUAUGCGACACUAUUUCUUCCUGGACGUCAGCUACGAGCCCCACCCCAAUGCGCCGACCGUCCCCGGCAUUGUCUUUGCCAUAUACCAAUGUAUGUUCGCCGCCCUUGCCCCCGGCCUGGCUAUCGGUGGAGCCGCCGAGCGUAUCCGGAUCCUGCCCACCAUCUUUUACGUGUUUGUGUGGACAACGCUGGUCUACGACCCGAUCGCUUACUGGGUGUGGGCGCCCAACGGCUGGCUGUUCAAGUUUGGCGUCUUGGAUUUUGCCGGCGGCUGUGCUGUUGAGACUGCCUCAGGCUUUGCUGCUCUGGCGUUCUACUUUGUUCUCGGCAAACGCAAGGGCUUUGGCGAGGAAAAGUGGGAGCCACACAACUACCUCAACAUCAUCCUCGGCACAGCCUUCCUGUUCUUUGGUUGGUUUGGGUUCAAUGCCGGUGCUGCUUCCCUGGCAUCGGGCAAGGCCGGAAUCGCCUUUUUGACUACGAUCCUGGCUGGCGCCGUCGCGGGCUGUGUCUGGGUCGCCCUGGCUUACCAUCGCGAACACAAGUUCUCGAGCUUCCAUUUCUGCUCCGGCGCCGUCGCCGGCAUGGUCGGUGUGACACCUGCUGCCAGCCUUGUCAGCACCUGGGCCGCUUUCCCCAUGGGCGCGAUUGUCGGCGUUUGCUGUUUCUUCAUGAUUGAUUUUAACUUGCGUCUCGGCAUUGACGACUGCAUCGACGUGUUUGCCGUGCACGGAAUCGGUGGCAUCCUUGGUGUGUUCCUCACCGGCGUGUUCGCCAACAGCAAGGUUAUUGGGCUUGAUGGCACGGAGUCAUCAGGCGGCCUGAUCAACGGACACGGGAAGCAGCUAUAUAUUCAGCUGGCAGCCUUGGCCGUAUCCGCUGCCUGGUCGUUUGUGCUGUCGUAUAUCAUUUUGACCGUCAUGAACUGGAUCCCGAUGUUCCGCUUCCGUGUUGACCCGGAGCAGGAGGACCACGGAGUGGACUUCGCUGAGCUUGGUGAGGCCGGAUACAAAUUCAUUGACGAAAUUGCAAAGUCCCAUGCCAGUAUGAUGAAUAUCUACCGGUCUGCUACUCCGAGCAUCAGCGAGUCGCUCCAAGAUCCGAGCAAGGAGCGCCCGGUUAUUCGGGAGGUUUACUCAAGGCUUCCUGAAUCUACUACCGACACUUCCAUCCCAAGCGAUACUGCCUAG